UAACAAACAGGCAGCUCCAGGGUGUGGGGGGUUGAUGGCUGAAGGACGAGCUUCGGCUCCGACUGCGUUUAUUUAACUUUUUUUUUCUUCUGUCGCCAGAUUAUUAUUAUUAUUAUUAUUAUUAUUAUUAUUACCUGCCUGUUGACGCUGAAGAGUGAAAGUUAUAAGUGCUGCCAUUUCGGCGACCAUAGCUGUAAAAUCAGGGAAGGACCGUCUGAACAUCCAUCCAUCCAUCUAUCCAUCCAUCCAUCCAUCCAUCUAUUCAUCGUAUCUGUUCAGCCAUCUGUCAAUCCCUCUGUCUAGAUCAUAUUUACUUGCACAUCAAACCACAUGUUUUACCUGUUAGGCUGUCUAUCCAUUUCUCCCAUCAUCUCUCCUCUUGCUGGCCAUCUAUUUGACAAUCCAUCCAACUGAGCUUCUGUCUAUCCAUCGAAUCAUCUCAGCAUCUGACCACCACCUGGACCAGUUAUCCACCCAUCUAGCACUCUAUCUAUCUGACUACCCAACCAUCUGCCCAUUCAUCCAUCAAGCUAUCCAAAACAGCAAUCUAGAGAGACAUGGCUCAGGAGACAAAUCCAACCCAGGGGCCCCUGCUGUGCGCCACUGGCUGUGGUUUCUAUGGAAACCCACGUACCAAUGGCAUGUGCUCCAUCUGCUACAAAGACUUCCUGCAGAGGCAAAAUACCAACGGCAGGGUCACAGAGACAGUGUCAUCCAGCCUGAGCAGUUUAGACCAUUCUCUGUCAGAGUCGUCCUCUACAGGUACUCCGGAAGAAAUCACACAAAAGGAUGAAGCUUCAGGAGCUCCAGUCCAGGCAGAUCCGAAAACACAAGAUGAAACCGCCUCAGGAUCAGACUUAUCUAUAGAGCCAGCCACCCCUGAGCCAGACAAGUUAAAACCCAAAAGGAACCGCUGCUUCACUUGUCGCAAGAAAGUGGGCCUGACUGGUUUCGACUGUCGCUGUGGAAACGUGUUUUGUGGCGUUCACCGAUACACAGACGUCCAUAACUGCAACUUCAACUAUAAAGCCGACGCUGCUGAGAAAAUCAGAAAAGAAAACCCCGUCAUCGUCGGCGAAAAAGUGGCAAAGAUCUGAGCCGGGGCUCAUGGACAAUCCCUAGUCCUUUUCCCUAGCCACCAUUUCCCCCAUUUUUCCCCUCUCUAUCCCACAUUGCACAGUGGACCUCUGAACAAUACCAGCACAGACCCUUGAAUCAUGAAUAAUACACCCCAGACAGAAGUAAACUUUAUUCUUUUAGCAAGUA